AGGGGGUAAAGAGGGACAUCCACUCACCCCUUCUGCGCUUUAUCCGAAACUCCUAAGCGCAGAAGAGAGCGCUCGAAGAUGGCGACGAUGGUGGCGCUACAGAGCUCGAUGGCUUCCCUUUCCAUCUCCUCCAAUUCCUUCUUGGGCCAGCGCCUCUCUCCCCCACUCCUAACGACGCCCGUUAAAUCGGUGGACCAGCCAUGCACUAUAGUAAUGAGGCUUAAACGCUGGGAGCGCAAGGAAUGUAAACCAAAUAGUCUUCCCAUACUGCAUAAAAUGCAUGUUAAGGUAGGGGACACAGUCAAACUUAUCACAGGCCAUGAGAACGGUAAAAUUGGGGAAAUUACUCGCAUUUUCAGGCAUAACAGCACUGUGAUUGUAAAAGGCUUGAACCUGAAAACAAAGCACAUGAAGAGCAGAGAACAAGGUGAACCUGGGCAGAUUGUCAAGAUUGAAGCACCUAUCCACAGCUCAAAUGUGAUGCUUUACUCUAAAGAAAAAGAAGUGGCGAGCAGAGUGGGUCACAAAAUCCUCGAGGACGGAACCAGAGUCCGCUACCUCAUCAAAACUGGCGAAAUAAUCGACAGCACAGAGAACUGGAAAAAGGUUGUGAAAGAAAGAAAGGAAAAGAAAGAAGAGGCAUCCAGUUAGCAUCAAGGCAUCAAGUUGCUUCAUGUAUGACAUUUUAAAUCCCUUCUCUAGAAGUUUGUUGUUGCAUUCCAUUUGUAAUCAAGAGCAGUUAUGCUCCUGGAAUGUUUUCUACUCUGUCAUGGAAACUUCUUUUUUUCACUGAAAUCAUUCAUUUUUGUACUUGUUAUGUCUAUGAAUUUGGAAUCACUACCUUUACUCUAA